UCUCCGAGGUAACCAUCGGCCGAUCCGUGGUGGGGUGCGGGAGAGAAGAUGCGGCCGCGGCUGGUGCUCUUCGGCGACUCCAUCACCGAGCAGUCCUUCGCCUCCGGCGGCUGGGGCGCCGCCCUCACCGACCACUUCGCCCGCCAGGCCGAUGUGGUGCUGCGCGGGUUCGACGGGUACAACACGCGAUGGGCGCUGAAGGUGCUGGAUAGGGCCAUGGAGGGUGCGGCCGCCGGGGGCGCGGACCCGGCGGCCGUCACGGUGUUCUUCGGCGCCAACGACGCCAACCUGCCCGACCGGUCGCAGGGGCACCAGCACGUGCCGCUGGCGGAGUACCAGGACAACCUCCGCGCGAUCUGCGCCCACUUCAAGAAUAAGUGGCCCUCUGCUGCUAUCAUACUCAUCACCCCUCCACCGAUAUACGAGCCCGCGAGGAUCCGACACAUAUAUGGGGAUAAUGAUCCUUCAAGACAGCCUGAAAGAACAAAUGAAGCUGCUGGCACUUAUGCACAGGCAUGCAUAGCUGUUGCUGAAGAACUGGAUCAUCCAGUUAUAAACAUCUGGACGCGGAUGCAGCAAUUUCCUGAUUGGCAGACAUCUGCAUUAUGUGACGGACUUCAUUUCACCCCGUUUGGAAACAAGAUUCUGUUCGACGAGGUGCUCAAGACGCUGGGAAGCAUUGGCUUCAGCCAGCAGAGUCUCCGGUCGGACCUCCCACUCUACCAUGAAAUCGACCCCAAGGACCCGUUGAAAGCAUUUGAAAUUUGAACAUGGUAUCUGCAUGGCUUGAUUAUUCAAAAAGACAAGUUUUGCCUGGUUUGAACACUGGGAUAUCUUAUGCCAUGUGCGGGACUUGUUCAGAAGAAGUGGUUUAUGUUCCAUGUAUUCCGUAAGAAAUGAUCAUGUCAUUUUACGGUUUGCAAGCGAAAAAGACAGUGAAAAUAAACAGCAGUUUCUGUUUUUUCCUGUACAUUUCGUAAGGUGCAUUGAAGCUCUGAUUUCUGUUGCGUUUCUCAUCCUUGUCGCUACUGCUAAACCAUGUAUGU